AGGAAUUGGGAGUGUUUAGGUGCGGCCGGGUUCACUUCUCACACACUGUAGUCUUCACUCUCAGGCCUCAGCUUCAUUUCACCACCACCGUAGUGUGCCAAAAAAGAGGGAUAUCUCAUUCAUUAUACAUCACACAGAGAGAAAGCCACAGAUCUUUUAUUCAAGAGAGAGAGAGAGAAAAAAAGGGUCAGGUUUUAGAGAGAAAAAUUGAGUGAUUUUUAAAUUUCAUUGCUUUUUUUUUUUUUUUUUUCUUUUUUUGGUGGGUUUGAAAGAAAAAGAUGGAAGAGGCAAAGGUACUAGCUCAACAACAACAGCAGCAGCAACAACAACAACAACAACAAAUGAUGCUACAGCAACAACAACAACAACAACAACAACAACAUCAACAACAGCAGCAACAUCAUCAACAACAGCAGCAGCAACAAUUGCUGCUAUUGCAACAGCUACAAAGACAACAACAAGCGGCGGCCAUGUCUCGGUUCCCUUCAAACAUCGAUGCCCACUUGCGUCCUCUCAGACCCAUGAAUCUGGCUCAAAACCCAAACCCUAACAACGUUAAUCAUAUCCCUAAUCUUCAUCCGAACCCUAACAAUCCCACCCCUCCUCCUCAACAACAACCCCAACAGCCACAACAGUCUCAGCAACAACAGCAACAGCAACAGCAGCAGCAGCAGCAGCAACAACAACAACAACAGCAACAGCAACAGCAGCAGCAACAACAACAGCUACAACAGCAACAGAAUAGGGGGAUCCGACCCGGGAACCAGGUGGAGCUCCAGAUGGCUUACCAGGACGCCUGGCGGGUCUGCCACCCGGACUUCAAGCGCCCUUUUACUUCUCUUGAAGACGCCUGCGAAAGGUUACUACCCUACCAUGUGGUGGCAGACUAUGAGGCAGAAGAGGAUGAUAGGAUCCUCGAUUCUGACACCACAGGCCAAAUGCCCUCUCGAUCCCAACAGUGGGAUCAUAACAUAGCUGCUAAAGUUGCGGAGUUUACAGCCACAUUUGAGAAGCAGGCCCUUGCCUUCAACAUAAUAUCUCGGAAACGCGUUUUGGGGGAGUUUCGAUCUGAGGAGAGAUUGAUGAUUGAGCAGGCUCUUCUCCAAGAGGAGAAGCGAGCUGCACUGGAACUAAGAGCAGAGAUAGAGUCCAGAGAGAAGGCUGGUCGGGAAGCUCAUGAGGCUAAAUUGCGAAUGGCAGCAAUGGUUCAGGCAGAGCAAGCUCGGGCUGAGUCACUGGCUCGGGGCCCAAUAAGAGCAAGUGCACUUGGAUCCCAAGGCAGCGAUGCAAUUGGGCAUGACUUGGGAGAGCAGGAGCAAGGAGGCAAUGCAGACGAGAUGAUAAAUGGGUGGGGAAACAAUACUCAGAGAGAUGAGAAGGAGCCAUCUGAAGAUUUCUUGAAUGAUGAAGAGACUGAAAAUGGAGAAACAGGCAUGCAAGAUGGGUGGCGAGAAGUUGGGGAAUUUGAUUUGAACACUAGAUGAGCAUUGAAAUGGGUAUUACGUAUUAGUGGAACAACCUUGAUCACAGGCAGCAGCCUAUUUGAAUUUUGUAAGGAAAAGUGCGUGUAUCCUUGAUAUAUGGAAAAUCAAUUGGACCGAGCCUUGUGUUCAAAUGCCGUAUUCUUUGUAGGAUUGUGAUAUGUAUCAAGUCUGAGGAAUGUUACUGAUUGAAAUCCGCUCACAGAAUCAUCGGAAAGCUAUGUAAAAUGAUGUUAUUUCAGUAGAUUGGAUUAUAACUA